GCGAUAUUUGGAUAAUCUAAAUGGCUGCUCGUUCAUCUAUAUACAAAUAUGAUGUGAUGAAGGUGUUAUUAUUGGGAUAUUUAUAUUUUUAUAUUGCAUAUAUAUGUCCAGCAAAGAGUUCAGAUUUAGAUACUUCCUGGGAGAUUAGUUUGGAGAAUUGUAGUGCAUAUAACAUCAAAUUGAAAACGUGUACUUGCUGGAAGAAUUACCUUGACAGAUGUGUAAUCUGUUGUUCUGGCAUUUCAUGCUGUUCCUGCUAUGAUUGUACUUUGUGUUGGGAAAUGCAACAGCGAUUCACAACAAUAACGCAGAUGAGUAUUUUCAUGUUGUUCGGGUUUGGUCUCAUCGGCUUAAUCUUAAUUUACUGCAAAAUAUGCCAUAGGUCGAGGCAACGUACACGAUCCAUUGCAUUACAAGAGGAGCGUGAUACGCAAUGCAGUACUAUCGAAGACCUACGGGACAGACCACCUCCGUACAACGAAAUGGCUUACAAUGCUCCUCCUCUUUACACGUCUCCCUAUAACAGGGCAUCUAUGCAGGAAGCUCCGCCGUCGUAUCCAGGAACGCCGAAACUGCAAGAGAGAUCCCAAGACACCAACGACCAAUUCUCUUCAAGAAAUUCCACGUUCGUUGCUUCUUCCAUCGCUCAACACAUUUAACGUAAUAUUUCUGUAGAUAUACAUAUAGAUGAUAAUUCCCUAUAUAUUUCUGUAUAGAUAUGCUAUUUUAAUAAAAAAUGUAGCCUGUAGAUUCAACUCAAAAGAAAUUUUCUACUCUUAUCGUUUCGAUGUAAUCAGAAGCAGGAUAUAAAUCGCGUGCGAAAAACACAGGUUGUUAAAUUACAUUGUCAUUCUUUAAGUCUAAAAUUUUUAAAAAUUCAAAUUUUUUUUUCCUUUUUUUUUGUCUGACAUGAUAAAAAAUUGCGCAGUUCUUUUCUUACAUCUCGAAUAAAGGCACAAUAUCGCAACAUUGUAGCAGUGAAGGGUGAUGAAAAUUACGCCCCACAAUUAUAUAAUGAAAAUGUCAUUUAUUUGAUGUGGUGCAAUGACUUAAAGUAAAAUGGAAAAUGAAUGUCUGUAUGAGCUGGGUUUAAUGAAUGGCGCGCGCGUAACAAUUUCUCGGAAAUCAACCACUACCGCCGCCACCAUUCAUUGUUUUACAAAACAGCGCUUCGGAUUUUUAAAUGCAAUAUACAACGGAAGUAUGUAUUCGUGUAUAUAUAUGUGUGUAUGUAUCAGAGAGCGGGCGUGUGGUAGCGGCUGGUAGUAGCGAGUGGUGUGAUCGAUCGGUCGCCAACACGCGCCGGCUUUCAUCAUGAUGAGGUAACACUUGUCUCUUACUUGUACUUAAUAGUUUAUCAAAUUAUAUAUCCAGUCAUACAUUCAUAUUAUUCUUUUUUGUUGCGGUUCUUACACGCGAAAUUGCGCCUACAUCUGUGUUUUUUUUUUCUUUGAUCUGUAUUUUACGGAUUUUGCUAUUUUAUUAUCGAAAUUUGCUUUUGCUUUCCAUUUCUCUUUCUCUUUUUCUUUCUUCCCUAGGAAAAGAUAUUCACAACGUGAUACGUGUAUUCCACGAAAGAAAUCGCCGCACAGUCCCAAAGAUAGAUACGAGAACGAGAGAAUAGUCGCGAAUUUUUAAAAUAUGAAUGAGUAACGGCCGAAAUCUGUUCCUUAAAUUGCUACUAUACUUAUUUUCGUCUCUUAUUUCUCUUGUCAUUGAAGCCCUAUUAAGACCUAAGA